AUGAUUGCCGUAGUGUAUCUUAUAGAAGAUAUUUGGAUGCGAUGCGAGGACGAUACGACCGCUUCUUCUGCCGCUACUGCCACUCUUGAAAAGACGAACAGCCGAGAAGCCUCCGUGCAAUCGCGCCCUCGACAAGUGCAGGAUGUCGAAAAGCAAGAAGUGGAAAAUAGCGAGCCACCCGUCGAUUCUGCUGCCGCCGACAUCGAGCAAGAUUAUCCAGCCCCUUGGAAAUUAUUCCUCCUGUUAGUUGCCCUAUGUAUGGCCAUGCUCGUCGUGUCCUUGGACGGUAUCAUUCUCGCCACCGCCAUCCCACGAAUCACCAACGACUUCAACUCGCUAGAUGAUGUCGCCUGGUAUGGUAGUUCGUACCUCUUCGCCGUCUGCGCCUUGAAGUUGAUGUUCGGCAAGUUCUACGUCAUGUACUCGGUGAAAUGGGUAUUCCUGAUAGGCGUUUUCAUCUUUGAGAUCGGUUCUCUCAUCGCCGCCGUUUCUCCCUCGUCGGCUGUCUUAAUCAUCGGUCGAACUGUCUCUGGUUUGGGUGCUACUGGUAGUUUCGCAGGGGCUAUCAUCAUCUUGGCAGGUAAUGUACCCCUGAGACUGCGACCAAUGUAUACCGGUCUCUUGUCCAGCAUGCAUGACAUCGCCAGCGUUGCUGGUCCUCUGUGA